GAAGGAGGCGCGUCGUUUUCUCGAAGCCAGAGAAAUUUGUCCUGUCCGCCCCACCCACUCCCCUAAGAUGGCGCCCUCGCGAAACCCGCCCGGCCACCCCCGCGAGGGAAUAUUCCCACGCCUUCCUUCCGUUUCCUUCCCGGGCCGGCCGAUCCGCCGGGGACCCCGCGGAGCUCAAGGCCCUUGAGGAGCCGCGGGAUCCCAGUGGCCCUCGCCCCGCCCCAAACCCGACCCCGGUGUGCGUUGACGCGCAGCAGCAGCGCGUCCCUCCAACCCCGGCGCCCCGCCUCCCCGGGCCUCGCUCCGCGUGCCGGCGUCGGCGCUUUUUGACGCCAUGGUGGGCGUGUCGGCGCGACCCGCGACGUCGCCACGCGCCGACAAUGGUGGCUGCGUCGGCCUGAGCAGGGCUUAGUUUACAAGUAAUUUCCUGACGUUGCCGAGGGAGCCGCAGUCGCCUCAGAUCCGGUCGGCGGCGGCGGCGGUGGCGGCGGCGGCAGCGCGCCUGCGCGCUCCCGCAGCGCCCUGGACCUAGCGGCGGUGCCGAGGCCCGGCGGAGCAAGCCAGGUAGGAAACAUGAGCGGCACCAACUUGGAUGGGAACGAUGAGUUUGAUGAGCAGUUGCGAAUGCAAGAAUUGUACGGAGACGGCAAGGAUGGUGACACCCAGACCGAUGCCGGCGGAGAACCCGAUUCUCUCGGGCAGCAGCCGACGGACACUCCCUACGAGUGGGACCUGGACAAAAAGGCUUGGUUCCCCAAGAUUACUGAAGAUUUCAUUGCUACAUAUCAGGCCAAUUAUGGCUUCUCUAACGAUGGCGCAUCUAGUUCUACCGCAAAUGUUGAAGACGUCCAUGCUAGGACUGCAGAGGAACCUCCACAAGAAAAAGCCCCGGAACCCACUGAUGCCAGAAAGAAGGGAGAAAAAAGAAAGGCUGAGUCAGGAUGGUUUCAUGUUGAAGAAGACAGAAAUACAAAUGUAUACGUGUCUGGUUUGCCUCCAGAUAUUACAGUGGAUGAAUUUAUACAACUUAUGUCCAAGUUUGGCAUUAUUAUGAGAGAUCCUCAGACAGAAGAAUUUAAGGUCAAACUUUACAAAGAUAAUCAAGGAAAUCUUAAAGGAGACGGUCUUUGCUGUUAUUUGAAAAGAGAAUCUGUGGAACUUGCAUUAAAACUUUUGGAUGAAGAUGAAAUUAGAGGCUACAAAUUACAUGUUGAGGUGGCAAAGUUUCAACUGAAGGGAGAAUAUGAUGCCUCAAAGAAGAAGAAGAAGUGCAAAGACUAUAAGAAGAAGCUGUCUAUGCAACAAAAGCAGUUGGAUUGGAGACCUGAGAGGCGAGCCGGACCAUCCCGGAUGCGCCAUGAGCGAGUUGUCAUCAUCAAGAAUAUGUUUCAUCCUAUGGAUUUUGAGGAUGAUCCGUUGGUGCUGAAUGAGAUCAGAGAAGACCUUCGAGUAGAGUGUUCGAAGUUUGGACAAAUUAGGAAACUCCUUCUCUUUGAUAGGCACCCAGAUGGUGUGGCCUCUGUGUCCUUUCGGGAUCCAGAGGAAGCUGAUUAUUGUAUUCAGACUCUCGAUGGAAGAUGGUUUGGUGGCCGUCAAAUCACUGCCCAGGCAUGGGAUGGGACUACAGAUUAUCAGGUGGAGGAAACCUCAAGAGAAAGGGAGGAAAGGCUGAGAGGAUGGGAGGCUUUCCUCAAUGCUCCUGAGGCCAACAGAGGCCUUAGGCGUUCAGAUUCUGUCUCUGCUUCCGAAAGGGCAGGGCCUUCUAGAGCAAGGCAUUUUUCAGAGCACCCCAGCACAUCUAAAAUGAAUGCUCAAGAAACUGCAACUGGAAUGGCAUUUGAAGAACCUAUAGAUGAGAAGAAGUUUGAAAAGACAGAAGAUGGGGGAGAAUUUGAAGAAGGUGCUUCUGAAAACAAUGCUAAGGAAAGUAGCCCCGAAAAAGAGGCUGAAGAAGGCUGCCCUGAAAAAGAAUCUGAAGAGGGCUGCCCCAAAAGAGGGUUUGAAGGCAGCUGCUCCCAAAAAGAGUCUGAAGAAGGCAAUCCCGUAAGAGGAUCUGAAGAGGGUAGUCCUAAAAAAGAGUCUAAAAAGAAGACACUCAAAAAUGAUUGUGAAGAGAAUGGCCUUGCAAAGGAAUCUGAAGAUGACCUCAACAAGGAGUCUGAAGAGGAGGUUGGCCCCACAAAAGAGUCCGAAGAAGAUGACUCAGAGAAAGAGUCUGACGAAGACUGCUCUGAAAAACAGUCUGAAGAUGGCUCCGAAAGAGAAUUUGAAGAAAAUGGUCUCGAGAAAGAUUUGGACGAGGAAGGUUCUGAAAAGGAGCUUCAUGAAAAUGUUCUUGACAAAGAGUUAGAAGAAAAUGACUCUGAAAACUCCGAAUUUGAAGAUGACGGCUCUGAAAAAGUGUUAGAUGAGGAAGGCUCUGAGAGAGAGUUUGACGAAGAUUCAGAUGAAAAGGAAGAAGAGGAGGAUACAUAUGAAAAAGUAUUUGAUGAUGAGUCUGAUGAGAAAGAGGAUGAAGAAUAUGCAGAUGAAAAGGGGCUUGAAGCUGCUGAUAAAAAGGCGGAAGAAGGUGAUGCAGAUGAAAAGCUGUUUGAAGAGUCAGACGACAAGGAAGAUGAAGAUGCAGAUGGAAAGGAAGUUGAAGAUGCUGACGAAAAGUUGUUCGAAGAUGAUGAUUCCAAUGAGAAGUUGUUUGAUGAGGAGGAAGAUUCCAGUGAGAAGUUGUUUGACGAUUCUGAUGAGAGGGGGACUUUGGGUGGUUUUGGGAGUGUUGAAGAAGGGCCCCUAUCCACUGGCAGCAGCUUUAUUCUCAGUAGCGAUGAUGAUGACGAUGAUAUUUAAUCCCUUAAACUUGCUUUUUAGGGAGAGUCCUCCAUCUACAUUUGCCUGUGCUUCAGGGUAAUUACUAGUAGUGUUACAUGAACAUGUGCAUAGUGGUAGGAUGCCAUCAGAUUAAAGCAUUGAAGUGUUUCAUUGUUACCUGUACCUAAUGGUUUUAAAUAUAUGUUAAUUGAUUGUUUAGUUAAAAUGUCAUAGUUACAAUGCAAGUAAACUGGAUACUUGUUCUUUUGUCAGAUUUGUUAAAUGCAUGCAGAAUAAUAUUUUUAAAAGUAUUGAUUGAAGUUUGUGAUAUUCAUCAAUAAAAAUGAGUUGAUAAUAUGCAGAAACUGAAAA